AUGAACCCCGAGAGGUAUGAGGCGCUAAAAGAAGAGGUCGACAAGCUGAUCAAUAAUGGCUUCAUCAGGGAGUCUCAUUACCCUCGUUGGGUAUCAAACCCCGUUCUAGUAAUCAAGCCCAACGGGAAUUGGAGGACAUGCGUCGACUUCAGCGAUCUCAACAAAGCUUGCCCAAAGGAUGGCUUUCCAUUCCCUCGCAUAGACCAGUUGGUCGACGCCACGGCGGGACAUGAGAUGCUGAGCUUUAUGGACGCUUACUCCGGAUACAACCAGAUCCCCAUGCAUCCAGCCGACGAGGAGCACACAUCCUUCAUAACCGACAGGGGCCUCUACUGCUACAAGGGCCAGCCAUCACGGCAAACAUCUAGGGAAAAUGUUUGGCCAGCUCCCGCCGCAUCUGGAGAAGACGAGGUUACAAAAUGGAAGCUCUAUGUGGAUGGGGCGUCGAGUGAAAAUGGGUCAGGAGCUGGCGUCCUGUUAAUCAGCCCCGAAUGUCACAAAAUUACCUCGGCGGUCCGAUUUAAAUUCAAGGCAUCAAACAAAGAUGCAGAAUAUGAAGCACUAAUUGCCGGACUACGGUUAGCCAGCCACCUAAAAAUUGAAAGGCUCAGCGUCUUCAGCGAUUCUCAAUUGGUCGUCGCGCAAGUAAAGGAAGAAUACCAAGCGCGCGGUGAGAAGAUGGGAGCGUACUUGAGAAAGGUAAAAGAAGAAUUCGUUAAGUUCAAGAAUUAUGAGAUACUCCAGAUACCACGAACCGAAAAUGUAAACGCCGACGCUCUGACAAAGCUAGCAUUUUCUAGAGAAUCCGACACACUGGGGGUCGUUCCCAUCGAGGAAUUGGAGCGACCAACUAUAGAAGAAAAGGUUAAGGCAUUAAUUGUCCGAGUAGGUGAAAGUUGGAUGACUCCCCUCAUCCAAUACCUAAUGGAUGCACAAUUGCCAAACGAUAAAGACGAAGCCAGACGGAUCAGGGAUAGAGCUGCUAGGUACUUAUUGUAUGACGGCUUGCUCUACCGACGAGGCUACUCAACCCUACUACAGCGGUGCUUGGAUGAGGCCGAAGCACAGAAGGUCCUCCACGAAAUCCAUGAAGGGAUCUGCGGUAACCACACUGGGGGGCAAUCUUUGGCCCUGAAGGUUUUACGGCAAGGAUACUAUUGGCCCACGCUAAAAAAGGACGCUUUUCAAUACGCCCGACGUUGCGAUAAAUGCCAAAGGUAUGCCACAAUUCCUAGAGCGCCCCUAGAACAUUUGACAUCCAUUCUCAGUCCUUGGCCCUUCGCCAAAUGGGGGGUUGACCUGAUCGGGCUAUUACAUCUUGCACCCGGAGGAUUUAAGUUUGCAAUCGUUGCGGUGGACUACUACACAAAGUGGACAGAGGCAAAGGCCCUAGCUACAACCACGGAAGCGGCCUGCACCAAAUUCAUGUGGGACUACAUUGUAUGCAGGUUCGGGGUUCUCCACUCAAUAGUAUCCGACAACGGAAAGCAGUUCGACAACGCCUCAACACGCAGAUUCUGCGAUGGCUUAGGUUUCCAGAAAGAUUUUUCAGCGCCGAUCCAUCCACAAUCAAAUGGACAAGUCGAGGCGGUCAAUAAGAUAUUAAAAUAUACCCUCAAGAAGAAACUCGACGAUCUGAAAGGGAAAUGGGCUGAGGAACUUCCCAAGGUCUUGUGGGCAUACAGAACGAUGAGCCAAACUACUACGGGGGAGACACCCUUCUCCAUGGCAUAUGGCGUCAAAGCAGUGCUCCCCAUAGAAAUCUAA